AUUAAAAGAGCCGGCAAAAGAUCAAGUCAUCCAUCCAUCAGACAGGCACUAAGACCUUCCUGAUUUUGAAGGAAUUCUACCAUAGGUCUAUUUCUGGAAAAUAUGGCAGCUUCUAUAGUUAAAUAUAUUGUACAGCCUUUCUUAAGAUCCUCACGGACGGUUUCGGAGCUGCGAGCUUUUGGGCUGGUUCCUGCAAGAGCUUUUGCGUUGCAAGGUGGUCAGACAAACGAGAAGGUUACUCACACUGGACAGGUGUUUGAAGAAGGCGAUUAUAGAAAAGUAAGAUUCGUUGGUCGGCAAAAAGAGGUAAAUGAACGUUUUGCUAUUAACUUGGUUGCAGAAGAACCACCCAUUGAAGUAGAGGAGAAUGUAACAUCUUGCAAUGGUGGUGGAGGUCCUCUUGGACAUCCUAGAGUAUAUAUUAACUUGGACAAUGAUUCUAAAUUUGGAACGUGUGGUUAUUGUGGACUACGAUUUAAAAGGAAACAUCAUCACUGAAAAGAAGCCGCUUUUUUGUUAUGUAAAGAUUAAUAUUCAUUAUUUCUAUGUUUGAAAAUAAAAUAUAUUGCCAUUCA